AUGAUUCCUCCAAAUCCAACAAGCCUGGGGAGCACUGCAUUCUUGAAUCCUGCAUUUUCUCUCAAAAUGAUGGUGUGGGCACUUCUGUUCCUCUCUCUCAUCCAGUGUUCCACCCAGAAGGGAGAUGAUGAUUAUGAAGAUUACACUUCAAACAAGACUUGGGUUUUGACUCCUAAAGUUCACGAGAGUGAUGUCACUCUUAUUUUAAAUGGCUUGCUAGAAGGAUAUGACAACAAGUUGAGACCUGACAUAGGAGUGAAGCCAACAGUAAUUCACACUGACAUGUAUGUAAAUAGCAUUGGGCCUGUGAAUGCUAUCAAUAUGGAAUAUACAAUUGAUAUAUUUUUCGCCCAAACGUGGUAUGACAGACGUCUGAAGUUCAACAGCACUAUAAAAGUGCUCAGAUUAAACAGCAACAUGGUUGGGAAGAUCUGGAUACCAGACACAUUUUUCCGAAAUUCCAAGAAAGCUGAUGCUCACUGGAUAACAACACCUAACAGGAUGCUCAGGAUCUGGAAUGAUGGCAGAGUGCUGUACACAUUGAGGCUGACAAUUGAUGCUGAGUGUCAGCUACAGUUACACAACUUCCCAAUGGAUGCCCAUUCUUGCCCCCUGGAAUUUUCAAGCUAUGGCUACCCAAGAGAAGAGAUCAUUUACCAAUGGAAGCGCAGCUCAGUGGAGGUGGGGGACACCAGGUCCUGGAGGCUUUACCAGUUCUCCUUUACAGGAUUAAGAAAUACAACUGAGGUGGUGAAGACUACUUCAGGAGACUAUGUAGUCAUGUCUGUUUUCUUUAACCUGAGCAGAAGAAUGGGCUAUUUCACUAUUCAGACCUAUAUUCCCUGCACACUUAUUGUUGUGUUGUCCUGGGUCUCUUUCUGGAUUAAUAAAGAUGCAGUUCCAGCCAGAACAUCACUGGGUAUUACAACUGUCCUGACAAUGACCACCCUAAGUACAAUUGCUCGUAAAUCUCUCCCCAAAGUCUCCUAUGUGACAGCAAUGGAUCUUUUUGUGUCAGUCUGCUUUAUUUUUGUUUUCUCUGCAUUGGUGGAAUAUGGAACAUUGCACUACUUUGUCAGCAACAGAAAGCCAAGCAAGGAUAAAGACAAAAAGAAGAAAAACCCACUUCUUCGGAUGUUUUCCUUCAAGGCACCUACAAUUGACAUCCGACCUCGUUCAGCUACUAUUCAAAUGAACAAUGCUACACACCUCCAAGAAAGGGAUGAAGAAUAUGGGUAUGAGUGUCUUGAUGGCAAGGACUGUGCCAGUUUUUUUUGCUGCUUUGAGGAUUGUCGAACAGGAGCAUGGAGGCAUGGGAGAAUACAUAUCCGCAUUGCCAAAAUGGACUCCUACGCCCGUAUCUUCUUCCCAACUGCCUUCUGUUUGUUUAACCUGGUCUAUUGGGUAUCAUAUCUUUACCUUUAA